CUCUUCUUCAAUCAGACAGAGAAAGACCCCACAAAUCUGAACCCUCCGAUCUACUACGAUCCUUCCUUCCUCGCUUCUUCUUCUUCUUCUCCAAGGGGAUCUCUCUUUUGUAUCUGUCUCCAUCUCUUAGAAGGCAGUAUGACUAGUUCCGGUGCUCCUUCUCGUAAGGCUCUGAGCAAGAUCGCGACUAAUAGGCUUCAGAAAGAGCUUGUUGAAUGGCAGAUGAAUCCACCCACUGGCUUCAAACACAAGGUCACUGAUAAUCUCCAGAGAUGGAUAAUUGAAGUUAUUGGCGCUCCAGGUACUCUGUACGCCAACGAUACCUAUCAGCUUCAAGUUGAUUUUCCUGAACAUUAUCCUAUGGAGUCACCACAAGUGAUUUUUCUUCAUCCAGCUCCUGUGCAUCCUCACAUUUACAGCAACGGGCAUAUUUGUUUAGAUAUUUUGUAUGAUUCUUGGUCUCCAGCCAUGACGGUGAGUUCCAUCUGCAUCAGUAUCCUCUCCAUGCUGUCAAGCUCAACUGAAAAGCAACGACCAACCGACAAUGACCGCUAUGUGAAGAACUGUAAGAACGGAAGAUCUCCAAAGGAGACUCGAUGGUGGUUCCACGACGAUAAAGUAUAAAACCUCGUUCGACCAUUAAGAAAAAUGUAAAAUAAUCCGAAACAGUCUCGAGGUUUGUUGUCUAUUUUUAAUUUAACCGGGUUUUAAGCUUGUCCCAAAACCCAUCUCCAAAAUCCGUGAUGUAAAAAAACAACACAAUAAAAUUUGACUAAUUUUGAAUCUUC